UGAUUAGUAGAAUCUAUAAGAACUUCCAAACAGCAAAAAUUGUAUACAUAUAUGUACUAUGUUUAUAUUUGGUAUAGGCUCCGCUUACGCGACAGCACACUUAUUAAAUUCUAGAUUACAUUAUUUUCAUAGGUGUGGUAAACAGGGAACUCUGAAGCACUUCGUAAUCCAAUAUUCCCUACCUAUGCACCAAUAUCAAGCGAUUUAACCACUUCCUAGACAUUUUUGGUGGGUCCUCUGAAGUCAAAAAAAAAAGCCAUUUGACACAUUUACCUCCCGAUUUUUAAGAGCCAAAAAUAAAAAUAUUUUUGUGACGUAGAAUUUUAAACUGAAAAACCAAUAGCAAAGAUAAGAAGAAGACGAAGAAGUGGGCGAUUAUGAAUAAAUUAUGUAAAGAAUGAAUAUGAUUCAUUGUUUUCUCCCUCGGCGUCGAAAAUUUUUCUUGCGUUACUCUAAUUAGUGAUAUGUCUUCUAUUGUGUUACUGCUUAAUUAGCGUUACAAAUAAGGAGAAAAUGAAACAAUAAGAAAGAACUAAUGUGUAAACGGACAUUUUAUACUCUCGCAAAUAAUUUAUAUGAUUUCAUUAAGAUAGUAAUAGGUUUAUGGGAGCUGAGGGAAGUAACGACCCGAUUUUAAUCUCCAAUCAAUUUUAAUCUACCAGUCCCAAAUCAGCCGGUUCUACGCCACCGGAAUUGACCCGGAUUUUAUCCACCCUCAGGGAGUGGCCAACUUAGGGCCCCUACGGUCCCCAGGAGCACAAGUAGACAGUAUGCCUCCCAGUCUGACCAAUCCCCCCUCUCCACCUGUACGUCACUCCCUCACUCCCAUGGUCACGCCAGCAACAUCAAGACACACCCGACUCUUACAAUUUAACUGCAACGGGCUCCAGAGCAAGAUCGAGGAGAUAGUUGAUUUUAUGAGUCGGGAAGGCAUAUCAAUAGCUGCGGUCCAAGAAACCAAGUUAAACAGCCACUCAGAUCUUCUGAGUUGUGCAGGUUUCAACGUUUUACGUAAAGAUCGCGAGCGAGAUAGUGGUGGUGGCCUAGCAUUCAUAUUACACAAGACCAUGCAAUAUCGUCUUAUCGAAGGUGACAUCGACCGCAGGGUUACUAGCCUAGAAUAUCAGGGUAUAGCUGUCCGGUCAGGCGAUGUCGAGCUCGAAAUAUUUAAUAUAUACAUCCCCCCAGUUACAAGUUGCCCAACAGGAUAUCACCCUAAUAUUAGUGCGCUACUUCGUGGUGAAAACCGACUGGUACUUGGCGACUUUAAUGCGCGCCACGAUCUUUGGCAUUCUUGCCUGUCAAAUGAUCGGAGAGGGAUGGAGUUGGCAGAACAGAUAGACGAUUCGACAUUCUGCACAAUUAAUGACGAAGCCCCCACCAGAAUUAUGAGCACUUGCAGCAGCUCGCCAGACAUCACCAUUGCUAGCGGUGGUCUGAUAAACAGCGUAACAUGGCGACCUAUGCUAACUCUUGCAUCAGACCAUUUGCCCUUAAUUAUCUCUAUUGAAAAACCUCCCGACUUUAUUUCUGCGGACAACCGCACCUAUGUUAACUUUAAUAAAGCUAACUGGGACGGCUUCACAGAAUUCACCGAGAAUGCAUUCGCCGCUCUUCCCAUUCCUACGGACGUAAUCGUUGGCGAACGUCAAUUCCGCAAGGUGAUCACCGAUGCUACUGCUCGUUUCGUACCAGCCGGAAGAAUUGCUAAUAUGCGCCCUAAUUUCCCGGCUGAAGCGGCAAUUUUAGCAAAUGAGUGUGACUCCUUACGCCAGGUCGAUCCCUGUGAUCCCCGCACUAGGGAUCUCAAUUUGGAGAUUCGACAACUGGUAAAUAAAUAUAAGCGGACGAAAUGGGUAGAGCACUUGAAGUCCUGUAAUCUUUCCACUGGUGUGAGCAAGCUCUGGUCAACCGUCAAAUCCCUGUCAAACCUGAGGAGACAUGACGACCGGGUUGAAACUCAAUUCGGUAGCCAUGCCUCCUCGGACCCGGGAGGUGCGCGAGCUAUUUUAGCCGACAAUUCAUACUGCACCCCCCGGUUGACACGGCUAAAAGAUGUGUCACCAAACGGCUGCGCAAAAUGCGAAACAACGGCGCGCCACUUGUUUUCACCAGUGGAGAGGUUCAGGAGGUCAUCAGGAAGACCAAGUCCUCCAAAGCCAUCGGCCCUGACGGAAUCAGUUCUUUAAUGUUAAAACACCUAGGCUCAACGGGAGUAGAAUAUCUCGCCAAGGUACUUAAUCUGUCGCUAACCACUCUUAAAACACCCGAUAUGUCGAAAAUCGGAAGAGUGGUUCCACAACUGAAACCUGGGAAACCCGCCAAACAAGGGGAGUCCUAUCGCCCGAUAACUCUCCUUUCCCCAGUAGUGAUGACACUUGAGGCCUUACUGCUCCCGACACUCACAUACCACCUGAACCUAGCAGAACAUCAACAUGGUUUCCGUAAAGUGCACAGUACCACCACCACUUGAGGCCUUACUGCUCCCGACACUCACAUACCACCUGAACCUAGCAGAACAUCAACAUGGUUUCCGUAAAGUGCACAGUACCACCACAGUACCACUUAGCGUCAUAAACGCCCGGAUAGUUCCUGGUCUUAAUUAAAAACCACCCUGUAAGAGAACCGUCCUAGUAGCGUUGGACCUGUAAAAAGCUUUUGACACGGUCAACUUAACAACGCUACUAGAAGACAUCGAGCAAACAACACUUUCUCCGGGGCUGAAGAGAUGGAUUAUGAACUACCUGAGCGGUCGACAAUCAUCUGUAUUAUUUCGAGGUAAAACAUCGAAACUUAGAAAAACUAAACAAAGGAUUCCACAGGGCGGUGUCUCCCUGUUACUGUUUAAUUUCUAUAUCUCCAAACUUCCUCAACCACCAGAGGGAAUUUCUUUUACCUCCUACGCAGAUGAUUGUACUAUAAUGACGUCGGGCACUGGCAUCGAUGACAUGUGUUCGAAAGUGAACAGCUACCUCCCCGAACUUUUUCGCUUCUUUUCUGCGAGGAGCCUGGCACUCACACCCACUAAAUCCACGCGACCCUUUUUACCAAUUAGACGAAGGAGUACAGACUAAGUCUUAACAUUCACGUCGAUGGCACACCAAUUCCGACAGUAAACAAUCCCAUGAUUUUGAGAGUCACAUUUGACAGUCUGCACUCCUUCACUCCACACACGACUGCGAUAGUCACUAAAGUACAGAGCCGCAACAAAAUCCUCAAGUCGCUAGCCGGUAGCAUUUGGGGAAAGGACAAAGAAACGUUGCUGGCCACUUACAAGGCUAUCGACCGGCCGGUCGUAAAUUACGCAGCACCGGUAUGGUCGCCUGGAUGCAGUGACACGUAGCAGAGGAAGCUACAGGCGUGCCAAAACACCUCGGAGUGCGGUGUCUCUUGAUGUCACCAAUGACACAUCUUCACAGUGAGGCCAUUAUGCUGCCUAUUAAGGAGCAUAACGAACUGCUUACUAAGAAGUUUCUACUUGGGUGUUUUCGUAGAAAUCACUUGGUAGAAGUCACUUGGUGGAAGCAGAACCGCCCCCUAGGUUCAUCAAGAGAUCAUUCCCACAACACGUCGACGAACUCAUAUACCGACCAGACUGCGGACGCAAACAGUUUUAGACACGCUCUAAACGCCAUUCACAGUGGAGCUAUCAACACCUUCAUUGACUUCCUUUCAGUGAAUGGCGUCCUUGGAACCAAACCACCACCUAUAGCAGACGAAGAGCUCGAGUUGCCACGUGAAACCAGAGUGACCCUUGCGCAACUUCGAUCUGGAUAUUGUAGCAGGUUAAACUCCUAGUUAUCCAGACUGAACUCCGACAUACAAAAUACAUGUCUCGCAUGCAAUGAGUCCCCGCAUGAUUCUAACCACCUCUUUGCAUGCCCGAUUUUAAUAACUUUUGACACUGAGUAACAAUAUUAAAAGAUAAAGAUUUCCUUAGAAUUUAAAUUCUAUAUUUUUUUAACUUAUCUGAAUGUAGCCUUCUUGUACCAUCUUUUGUGUAAAAUUUAGUGCUUCUGUAAUUUUUCUUUACUCAAUUAAAGCACUUUUAUUAGUUUUCAAAUUUCAUAGUGAAUAAUUGAAUGCUAAAGGCAAAUGUGCCCAAUAUGUUUGUUUUAAAUAGCAUUGAUAGUUUGCAACAUAUUUGCAAUAAAUAUAUUAGGAGCGGAGAUACGCCCACUUUUACAAAAUAUUUUAUUCAAUAUAAUAUAUUGGGCUUAGUUAUAGUAUUUUAUAGCUUUUCGAAAUGCUCCAGACAGAUAUCGGGAUUACAACUCUAUACAUAUAUACAUUGAUCACUUUGGUAUAUAUGUAUGUAUAACUUUAUACUUAAAUCGUUUAGUUUGUGCUGACAUAAACAACCGUUAUGUGAACAAAACUAUUAUACUCUGUGCAACAUAUUGCGAGAGUAGCAAUAUAUUGUCCUAAAUCUUAUUGUUAUUAGUCACAAAGUUCUUUUUUUUAUUUUAUGAUUUAAAACAUCACUUAUUUCUUAAUAGCUGAAAGAUUUUAUUCGACGAAAAUUUUUGAAUCACAGAUGUCCUUUCUUACUGUGAUCCUAUGUACUAUAUUUUACUGUCAUAGCUUUAACAUUUAGGGCUUUGCGGAUAACUGCAUUUUGUGGUCGUGGUAGUGUCUACAAUACCAACCUUCUUAUGGUGCCAAGGAACACCAUUUCGCGCAUAACACAUUUGCUACCACCUUAUAAGGGAAACCCGAUAAUAAAUCUUCAAUUACAAUGCAUAAGUACUGAUGCAGAAGUGCAUUGCCGAAACUAAGCAAAAUAUUUUGGAUCUAGCACAUGAUCGUGGCUUUGAAGGUUUGAGCAAACGCGAAGUGCUUGCCCUACUAGAAGCAGAUAUGGAAUUCCUUUCAUAUGAGGAGUUCAUUCAGUUGCGAGGAGAACCGCCAUUUGAUGAAAAAACGGACCAUUUUGUGUCCAACCAGUUUAAAAUCAUUUCCAAAU